UAUAAGCGUAAAGUAAAAUUCAAUUAAAUGAAAAUAAAUUAAAAUUAACGUAAAAUUAAAUUAAGUGAAAAGUUAAAGUUUCAGACGUUACUAUUUAAAUUUUAAAUUAAUAUUUCACCUAUGUUUCACAUUUCAUAUUUCACCAAAAAAUUAAUAAGAUACAUGCAUGAUGCAUUUUGUUCAAUGAAAAAUCUUAAUUGUCUAAUCAAUCAUAUGCAUCAUAUCAAAACAGGUCGUUACGUAAUUUUUUGUCAGAUGAAGAACAAAGAGUGGAAAAAAUAAAGUGUGCUCCAGUGAAAAUUAAAAUUAAAUCCCUUUUUUUACUCAAUAAAAGUCUUUGAAAGUGAUAUCGGAGUUUGUAAAGUGUCCCAGAGAGGCAUCUACAAAGGAAAUUUAUCCUGUUGACCUGCGCGAGUCCAGAAAGUCUGAAUAUUGGUGCUGUGGAUCUGGUUGUGAAGAGAAACUCCGGAAGAAUCAGCGUUUGUUCCUUCAAGCCCUGAUUGAAGGUUUUUAUAUAUAAUUUCAGGUGAGAGUGGUUAAAGAAAACCUGAAGAAAUCUUUUAAGAGUAUCACUAAGGCAUUUAUUAAUCCUAUACAGGUGAGAGUGGUUAAAGAAAACCUGAAGAAAUCUUUUAAGAGUAUCACUAAGGCAUUUAUUAAUCCUAUACAGGUAAACCUCGAUCUCCCUGUAACACUUGGUCCUUCGUGGGAAAAUCAGCGAUUCUUGUGAGUGAGGAUGCCUUCCAAAAAUAACCAGAGAGCUGCCUACAAGGGUCAAUUCACUACACUGAGGAGAGAACUUGAUCAAGUUAGUCGUAACCCUGAUCUUCUUGACCGAGAUGAUGCAUUGGAGACCCUCAUGGUGUAUCAGGAAAAUCUAAACCAAAUUGAAAAGAAAUUUUGUGAAGUCCAAGGAGAAAUCAUCGAUGCUACUGCCCCCCCUAAGCGACAGGAAGAAGAACAGGAUUUGGAGAUUUUCAUAGCAGAAGUUGCGACUUUGUCAAGAACACUGAACUCAUUUAUUGGCAAAGUGAAAGCUAAAUCCGAAAGAAAGAUUCCUGUUGGUGCUUCGUCAAGUAACAAUGAUUUUAAUGCACUGUUGCAAUUGAUGAAUAAGCAAUUGGAGGAGCAGAGAAAGCAGAGACUCCAAGAUCAGGCUACUAUCAAGCAAGUAUUAGAUAGCCAACGCGAAGAAAUUUCUGAACUGGUUAAGGGUUUGCAAGAAGGUAUUUCAAGGGGUCAAAAUUCCAAUAAUUCAAUCUCUCUUGGUAAUGGAAAUGGGAUUGAGUCUGGUGGAAGCGCUGGAAGUCAUUCUUCGCACAGAAAGUUGGAUACAAUAAAAAUUCCUCCCUUCUCUGGUGAUUUUACUCAGUGGAUUGGCUUUAAGAAUCUGUUCUUGUCCAUUGUUGAUGCAGAUGUGUCAUUGAAACCUGCUGAGAAAAUGCAGUACUUGACAACUUUAAUUGUUGGGGAAGCGAAACCAAUAAUUGACACGUUGACGAUUUGCGAUGAAAAUUAUGAUGUGGCGUGGAACCUUUUGCUUCGGGAAUUCGACAAAAAAUCUUUGAUUAUUUCUGCUUAUGUUAAAGAGUUUUACUCUUUGCCGAAAGUUUCUGGAACAUCUAUCCAAUCAAUUCAGAAUCUGCAAAGAAAAUCCAAUUCUAUUGUAAAUGCUCUCGACGCAAUGCAGGUCAAAUCCCGCGAUCCUUUCCUGAUCUAUUCAGUUUUGAGCAAAUUGGAUGAUGAAUCCCAAUCUUUAUGGUCAAGGACGGCAAAUAAGGAUAACCCUACCUGGGAGCAAUUCAAUGAAUUUUUGAUUCAACGCAGUUAUGAGCUGAGGAUGUGUCAAUCAGAUAGCUCCAAGUCAUCAAAGGGUGCGAUUCCGAAGACUGCAAAUUCAAAAGCCACAAAGAAACCCAAAUCUAAGGCGUCAAGUUUUGCUGUGGGUGAGGUAAAAAAUUGUGGAUUUUGCAAGGUUCAUCCCCACAAAUUAUGGCGUUGCAAACAGUUCUUGGCAUUGGAUGGAAGUAGAAGAUUAGCUGUGGCAAGGGACUUGAAAAUUUGCGAAAAUUGUUUGUCAGAAGAGCACAAGGUGGAGCAUUGUUCUUACACCCUCUGUAAAUUCUGCAAUGGAAAGCACAAUCGCCUUUUGCAUGAUGCACUUGCUGUUUUCAGUCAUUCAAAUUCAAAUUUAAAUCCAUCCACUCCACCAUUUCAAAGAGAAGCUGGAACCUUUGUUUCAAACUCUGCUGUUGUAAGCUGCAAUGAAAUUGUUUCACGAGCACAAGGAGUGCUUUUGGCUACAGUCAAAGUGAGAAUUUUGGAUUCAUCUGGUGAGGCACAUUUUUGUCGCGCGUUGCUUGAUGCUGGAUCUCAGGUGAACAUCAUCUCUACUAGACUGUGCCAAUUACUUCAUUUGAGGACUAAACCAGCCAAUUUUCUGGUAGAGGGUGUAGGAUCUACAAUUCAUUCUUCUCACCAUCAGGCAGAUAUCAUGAUUAUGCCUCAUUUGAAGUCAUCAAUUGUAUCAUUGCCUAUCAAUUGCCUGGUAAUGAAAAAAGUCACCAGUGACCAGCCAAAUUGGGAUGUGUCAGGUCUUAAUCCCACAAUCCCUAAAAACUUUAUUUUGGCAGAUCCUGAGUGGCAAACUACAAAGCCCAUCGAUUUACUUAUUGGUGGAAAUUGCUAUUGGCAGAUCAUGAAGGACGAGACUCAUAUUCUUGGCCCUGGACAACCAUUACUGAAAAACACAGUCCUUGGAUGGGUUUUGGUCGGUCCAUGUCAGACAGAAGUCUUCAGUUCCAAUAUUGUUUCUUGCAAUCUCACCACUUUGGAGAGUAUCGAUGAGAGUUUAAAGAGAUUUUGGGAAAUUGAAGAUAUCCCUGAAAGUUCGUCUACCUCUUUGGAUCAAGACAAAGUGGAGAAACUUUACUCUUCUACCACCACUAGGGAUCAAGAUGGACGCUAUGUGGUGCAUCUACCAUUUAAGUCAAAUGUAGAUGAGUUGGAAUCUAAUCGUCCAUCAGCUCUUCGUCAAUUGUUCUUCUUGGAGUCUAGGCUCAACAAGAAUCCUAUUCUUAGAGAGAAGUACAACGAUAUCUUCGAAGAGUAUUUGGAAAAAGGCUUUGUUGAAGUUGUUCCUUAUGACCAGCUGAAUCGGAAGUCGUUUUACAUGCCUCAUCAUUGUGUCAUAAAAGAGGAAGCAGUUUCCACCAAGGUCAGAAUUGUAUUCAACGGAAGUGCCAAAUCUCAAUCUGGACUGAGCUUGAAUGAUGUCUUGCUGGUGGGACCCCCAGUUCAACCUCAAUUGAUUGCCACCUUGAUGAAUUUCCGACUUCAUGCUGUUGCCUUCACAUGCGACAUUGUGAAGAUGUAUCUACAGACUAUGCUGCACGAGCCACAUAGAGAUUUUCAAAGGUUUUUGUGGAGAACAUCUUCGGACAAUCUUGUGAAGGAUUUCAGAUUCAAAACUGUUUGUUUUGGAGUGGCUGCUUCUCCUCAUUUGGCUACACGAUCUCUCAAUCAGUUGGCCAAGGAUGAAGGCCACAAAUAUCCACUUGCUGCUAAAAUAAUUGAGAAGCAUUUUUAUGUUGAUGAUUGCCUCUUCAGUUGUCCGUUACUAGAAGAAGCUCAAGAAUCCCAGAAACAGUUGAUUGAUUUGCUGCAGCUUGCCCAACUUGAACUUUCCAAAUUUCGUUCAAACUGUCCAGAGCUUUUGUUAGAAGCAACUAAUGAUUCUCAAUUGCAGUUUGAUGAUCACAUUUCCAAAACUCUUGGUAUGAGCUGGAAUAGUUCUAUUGAUACUUUCCAGUACAAAGUGACAAGUAUCUCUGAGAAUCAUGUGACAAAAAGGAUAAUGCUAUCCACACUGGCAAAGGUGUUCGAUCCAUUGGGUCUAGUUUGUCCAGUGGUCACAGUGGCCAAAUGUCUUCUUCAGGAGGCUUGGAAAUCUACCAAAGAAUGGGAUGAGGAAAUCCUGGGAGUGCUGAAGAGUAACUGGGAUGAUUUCAAAAAAAGCCUUCCCCAAUUAGAAGAUUUAAGGAUUCCCAGAUGGAUCUCAACGUUGGCCAAUGUGAAGCACCAAGAACUUCACUGCUUCUCGGAUGCAAGCAAAACAGCUUAUGGAUCCUGUAUUUAUCUAGUUACUGAGGAUGACAGUGGCAAUCGAUAUUCCAAACUGCUAGCAGCAAAGUCUAAGGUGAAUCCCAUCAAGAAAACUCACCAAAAGGAAUUCACCAUACCACAAGGAGAGUUGUGUGGUGCAGAGUUAUCCUCUCGUCUUGCAUCAAAGGUGUCUCAAGCGAUUGGCGUGCCCCAAUGUUAUUUUUGGACAGAUGCAACAGUGGUACUCUGGCAGAUUCACAACUCAUCAAGAAAGCGUGAGACCUUUGUAAAGACUCGUGUUCAGAGGAUCCUUGGACUAUCUACUUGUGGGCAAUGGAGACAUGUAGGGACUCAUGAAAAUCCUGCCGAUUUAGUCUCUAGAGGUGCAACACCUGAGCAGCUGAAAUCUUCAGAAUUGUGGUGGAAUGGCCCAGGAUGGCUAAUGAGACCAGAGGGAGAAUGGCCACCAGAAUUCAACAAGAAUGAAGAAGUAUCAGGUAGUUCUCUGGUUGUUGCAGAGAUAGAUGAAAAUGAACCAGAUACGGCUCCAGAGAAUUUCAUUCACGCCUACUUGCUGUCCACAUUUAGUUCAUAUAGUAAAAUUCGGCGAGUGUUGGCCAGAUGUUUUCAGAUCAUUAUUAUUUGGAAAUCUCUUAAAUAUCGGUCUACUAGAAAUUCUCCUCGGCCAGAGUUUUCAAAAUUUCUUGAUGUUCAACUUCUUCGCAAGGCUGAAAGUUUUCUCAUCAAGAGUGAUCAAAAGCUUCACUUGGGUCAUGUUGUGAGAGCUGUGUCCUCUGGAGCCAUCAACACAGAUUCAAAGCUUCAUCAGUUUAGAAAGUUGAGGCCAUUCUUGGACACGGACGGGUUACUGAGAGUUGGUGGUCGUUUGUGCAAUGCAGAUGAACCUCUCGAAGCCAGACAUCCCAAAAUUUUACCAAAGGGUCUUCUGGCAAAGUUGAUUGCCGAGCGAGAACACAUACUCAUGUUACACUCUGGACCCCAACUGACACUUGCUGCUCUUCGACAACGAUUCUGGCCUAUUGAUGGAAGAAAUCUCUGUAGAAAAAUUACGAGAGAGUGCAUCACUUGCAUCAGAGCCAAGCCUCCGAAACUCGAGCAACUCAUGGGUAAUUUGCCAAAGGAAAGGGUGGUAAAUCUACGUCCCUUUGCUGCCAUUGGGAUAGACUUCGCUGGUCCAAUUUUGGUGAAGCAUGGAGUUAGGAAAUCAAUUCCUGUGAAGGCAUACGUCGCGGUCUUCGUCUGUUGCUCAACAAAGGCAAUACACUUAGAAGCUGUUGGAUCCCUUCAUUCUGAAGCCUUCAUUUCUGCAUUCCGUAGAUUCACUGCCAGACGUGGUCUUCCAGCAACAGUGUUCUCUGAUAACGGAACUACGUUCGUGGGGGCAGAAAGAAUUUUCCGCCAGCUGUGGGACUCUGAAGAACAUCGACUUGCUGUUCACAAUUUCUCAAAUGAGCUCGGAAUUGAGUGGAAAUUCCUAACACCAAGGGCACCUCAUCAGGGGGGACUUCACGAAGCCGCAGUGAAGUCAUUCAAACACCACUUCGUGCGAGUUGUAAGAGACACUAUUUUGAGUUUUGAGGACCUUACUACUGUCUUGUGUCAGAUAGAGGCAGUGCUGAACAGUAGGCCACUAGUCCCUCUGUCAGAAGAUGUUGAUGAUCCUAAGUGUUUGAGUCCAUCAUCAUUUCUGAUUGGCAUGUCACUGAUGCAACUACCUGAUCCAGAUCUAUCUCACUUGAAUGUAUCUCAUUUCGAUCGAUGGCAGUUAUUGCAGAGAGUCUCUCAAGAUUUUAUCAAACGGUGGAAGAGAGAAUAUCUCAAUACACUACAAGCCAGAAACAAGUGGAUGAUCGAGCGUGAAAAUCUAAAGGAAGGUGAUAUAGUGUUGGUCAGUGAUGACCUUCUACCAUCUACAAAAUGGCCCAUUGGAAAAGUGACUAAAACGUACCCAGGAGAGGAUAGCAAGGUUCGAGUGGUCGAUGUCAAAACUCAAAGUGGGAUCUAUCGGAGAACAAUUCAUAAACUUAUCAAGCUUCCUGUAAGUCAAUAAUUUUUAUUCAUUUCCUUUUUUUUCCCUGGGAGCAUGUUUACGCUAUAAGCGUAAAGUAAAAUUCAAUUAAAUGAAAAUAAAUUAAAAUUAACGUAAAAUUAAAUUAAGUGAAAAGUUAAAGUUUCAGACGUUACUAUUUAAAUUUUAAAUUAAUAUUUCACCUAUGUUUCACAUUUCAUAUUUCACCAAAAAAUUAAUAAGAUACAUGCAUGAUGCAUUUUGUUCAAUGAAAAAUCUUAAUUGUCUAAUCAAUCAUAUGCAUCAUAUCAAAACAGGUCGUUACGUAAUUUUUUGUCAGAUGAAGAACAAAGAGUGGAAAAAAUAAAGUGUGCUCCAGUGAAAAUUAAAAUUAAAUCCCUUUUUUUACUCAAUAAAAGUCUUUGAAAGUGA